UUACAUUUAUGGGACGCUGCUGCAGGAUGGGGGCUUUAUUGUCCUUCGCUGUGAAGCCCCGGAACAGGUCACGAAACGGCUGACGUCACACGGGACUUUGGUGAGGGUCACCAUGCUGAGUGUCAGGGGAUCGGUGAGGUGCAGCCUCCUGCGGCUUCCUGUUCGAGGACUCUGUUCAGCUGUGAUCCACAAAAAGUCACCAACACCUGGUUUUACCUGGUCUGCACCCACAGUCUGCCUCCACAGGUCAUCUGUCAGGACUCUGUCAGGUGUUAGUGGUGCUGAUGUUCCAGGUGGUCCAGGUGCUUCAGGAUGGUACAGUGGCCUGGCAGACUCAGCUCCAGUUCAUCUGUGUGAAAACUUCCUGGUGAGCAUGCAGCAGGUGAGCGGGUUGCCAUGGUGGCUGAGUAUCACCGUGGCAACACUGUCAGUCAGGACAGUGAUCACUCUGCCGCUCGCCGCCUACCAGCUGGUCAUCAUCUCCAGGGUAGAGGCGCUGCAGGUGGAGAUUUCUGAGCUGGCGAAGAGGCUUCGAUACGAAGUUUCAGUCCAAGCACGAGAGAGAGGCUGGACGGACAAACAAUGCCGGUUCCAGUUCCAAAAGAAUCUGCGUCGCAUUGUUUCUCAGCUCUACAUCAGAGACAACUGUCACCCCUUCAAAGCCAGUAUACUGAUCUGGAUUCAGCUGCCCCUCUGGAUUAGCCUCUCUCUGGCCCUUCGAAACCUGAGCCUGGAUCAGUCUGCUCUGCAGUGUGGCCUGGCAGCAGGGGGCGCUCUGUGGUUCCAUGACCUCACCUCACCUGACUCCACCUGGAUCCUACCUGUCUGUGUGGGACUCACCAACCUGCUCAUUGUGGAGGUGUUUGCUCUGCAGAGAGUCAGUCCGACUUAUUUCCAGAAGCUUCUGCUGAACUGCGUCAGAGGAUUUUCAGUCCUGAUGGUCCCCAUUGCUGCUACUGUCCCCUCUUCCAUGGCCCUGUACUGGUUUACCUCCAGUCUGGUGGGGUUCUGUCACAACCUCCUCCUUCGAUCUCCUGCGAUCCACAAAAUCCUCCGCCUGCCAACUCAUCGAUCAGACUCUCCAUACAGAGACCUUCUGUCUGCAUUCAUCAACAAAUAUUACAAAUAAAUACACAGAAUAAUGCACAUGUAACCCACUCGUGGGUAUGUACACCUCGCUCUAGGUUCAGGAGGAGCUAAGUGUAGUGUGAAAUCACCAACCAGCACAAGUCAAUAAACUUAACCAACUGCAAUUUUAUUAACUGUUUAGAAACAACAAAGUUACAGAACAUUCAAUAGAAAUGAAAAUUGGGCCCUUAAAAUAAAAUUGUCCUUAACUUCUCUUAGUGAUCACUAUAAGGGGUAUUGUCCUCUGGAGGAAUUCUUUCUUAUUGAAGUCAAGUAAAUGUCAGUGAGCGAUAGGAUUCACUCAGAAGUUUUCAAUAAAGCAGUAUCCAGUAGUCAAGGAAUACCUCCAAAUGUAUUCAGUUAGGUGGCAGUGACUGGUUCAAUCCUACCAUAAGCAGGUUGUUCAUCCACUUGCUCUGUAGCCGUAUAAGUGCUGAUUUCCAGGAGAUCCAUUGGGUGGCUCACCAUCUAAGGGAUCUGUAGAUCUUCUCCACGGAAUGUCCAGUGCUUCCGACUUCAAUAUAAGACCUGACCGAGGCGAGGAAAGCAAGACGAGCAGAAGAACAGGACUCCUGAUGUUCUACAGCUCCCGCACCAUUCUCCCUCGUUAUGAUUAUCCUCCUGGCGUUAACUAUUCUUUUUCUCUUUUCUUCAGUACCAGUAUUUCUCAAGCUCAACGUAAUACACAGAGCGUUCUUUCCUUUUCCCUCGUGCGAAGCUGGAUACGGAAACUGCACUGUGAACUCUGUGUUACACUGUAAAACGUCCGUCAAUUUUCUACAAUGUUCCUGAUCUAGCUAAAUAAUUUGACUAACACCAACUAUAGAUACAGUGAAGAAAAUAAGUUAUUUGAAUACGACUUUGUGAUUGGUUAAUACUUGGUGUUAUUUGCUUCUAUCUUAACCCUGCUUGUGCAACCGGGUUACACAUACAUCAAAUACUUCUGCAGUAUUGGUUUUCUAUGAAUGUGUCUCAGGCCUGGUCCACGUUAUUCUCUGAACAGUCAGUACUUGAGCUGAAGUGAAGAGUCAUUUUGUUUGUCACAGUAAAUACAAACACUGAGGUCGAAGGUCUUUACAGUAAAUCUGUUUAGACUGACUGUUUACAUUGUGGGUUGAUUCAUUUAUUAAUCUGACCUCAGAUCAGAAUUAGCCAGCAGCACUCAGGCGUUUGUGUGUCUUUUGCCCCUUGAGGCUGCACUGGCAGUUGUUGGCUUGUGUGCGGCCUAUAAAAUGCCUACAGACCAAAAAGGGAUCUGCCAGUGGAUAGUAUAACAUAUUAUAAUGCAAUAAAUGUACAAAUAAGAAUCUAUACAUAUCACACUAUGAUGAUGGAAAUGGGCAGUACAUGACAAAAGUUAAAAUGAAAGGAGAAACUACAAUUGUUUCUCUGUUCAGUGACUCUGGUUAUAAUUUAUUGCUAAGUGGUUAUGAUUAAACCAGGAGAAGAAGCUUUGCACUGAUAAGUAUGAUAAACAUUGUGAUAAACAUCUGGAUUUAAUGUUUUAAAUUUUGAUCAACUUGUGUUUAUGGGUCAGAAUUUAAACCCACCAGCAGAUCAAAAAAUGUUUUAAUGUUAGGAAACAUUUCAGAGAUGUCUAACAAAGUGUCUGAUUUUAUGAACAGAAUGUUUUUAAAACUGAACUAUACACGGUAAUCCACCACACAGUACCAAAUAUAAGCUUUAUUAUAAGUGCUAAAUCAAUCAAAUAGGGACAAUAAAAAAUAAAAACUAUUUUCCACAGUAACUGGCAAAUUUGAAUAUUGGUGGGAGUUAGUCAUUAUUUUUUAAAAUUAAUUUGAUUUUAUAUUUUGUGCCCACACUUGUCCUCUCCUGGAAAAAGGCAGGUUUGUCUGUGGAAAUUCAGCAAGUCAUUGGUCAUUUUACUCAGAGAAAGUUAAACAUGAGAAAAGAUCCAAGUCCCUACAUGUACAGUAUAUGAAACAUAAGGAUGUGAUUUCGCUGAGCUGCAUGACUCUGUCCGCCUUCCUUUUUCUGCCGAAUUCCUGUUUCCUGCUGCUACCAAACAAUAAAAGUCUGCAGAGACUCCAUUUGCAAAUAAAACAGGAAAUAGGGUUAGGGUUACCAUGACAGCAGAGAUGUGCCCUUUCAGGCCCAGCUGAUGUUCUGCUGUUGACACUUGUAUAUGAAGCCACUGAUCCCAGAGUUAACAUAUCAACACUACAGAAAUAUCUGAUCAUUAUGAGCAAAAUGAAGCAGCAUGAACGGUACAGU